AUGUAUAAAAUUCAACGCAUCAAGUGGGAAGAUAUUGUUGAGGAUCCAAGAUAUCUUUGUCGCGAGUCUUGCUCCAGUUUGCGCAUUCACACCAGUAUAAACACCACCAAUAGGAUAGUGAGAGGCUUCUAUGUUAUUAAGACAGACAAGAACUAA